AUGUCCCAUUCCGCCCCCACCCCACGUUCACAAGAUGCCACAAAAGCUCAAGCUGGCACCCCCUCCUCUCCUGAGCGCGCCUCGUUUGAUCCUCCAUUGGGGAGUGAGGAGUCCCUCGGAGAGCAACAAAAGGAUCCCGAAGAUUUCUUAGGCGAUGAGCAAAUAUCGAAUGAAAAUAAAAAAGAAGCCAGCGAGGGCGCUGAAGACACGAACUCCGAGGAGAGUGAUGCGGAGGAUGUAUCUACGAGCCACAUUCUAAUUACUGGUGACGAUGAAACAUACCCAGAAGACACACAGCGAGACAAUGCCAGUGGCCGCCCACGGCCGAAACUGACCACGUCAAACAGCAGAGCUGAGAUUAUGCUUGGCCUAGAGACCGAUGAUGGUAAAAGUGCCGAAGUGGAGAUCGACUCCCUCGAGACGGAUGAGCUGCAGCCAGAAG